AUGGCCUCUCUAGGUCUCAGGCUGUCGGCAAUGGCGCCUGUGCCGCGGAUGGCCCGUACAGGCUGGAUGGCUUGGCAGAGGAAACUCGCGCAGCCUGUCUUCGAGUCGACCUCGGUACUACGAUCGCUUCGACCGAUGUCGCAUAACCUAGUUACCCCUGUGGGCUCCUUGCGCAUGCUAUCCAGCGGAGCGAGAAGCAUCCCUAGCACAUCACUAGCAUCAUGGUCAUCAUCGCAUGGUCAACGGUCUUUCGGCACUGCCAACGGGGUGCCUAGAAAUCAGCUCGCCAGCAGUGAGGCAAACGCCAACCGGGACCCCAACAACGCCAACCUCCAGAAUGCCUUUUAUAACCUCCUGCUCCGCGCCAACAUGCCCGGCAUCGUCGUCACCCGCCACCAGUCUGGCCGAUAUGGUGCCAAUGCGGCCACGGAAGAACUAUACAGCCGGGCUCUCGGUGCCGUUCAAGGGUCCGGUGCCAUGUCCAGCACGUUCGGUACCGGGGGGCACCAGCCUGUCUUCAACACGGGCUACGGUGGCGCCGCGGCACAAAACCAACACUUUGGCAUGGGCGCAAUGGGCAACAUGACAGGGUCUGCUGCGGAAACCGAGCGUGGUGUCAAGGGCAAGCCCAUGCACGUUCUAGUGCAUGAGUCUGCCGGAUCCAAUAUCCUCCGCUGGACCAAGUUCCUUCUCCAGUUCCUGCUUACCCUCUGGAUCUCCUUCUCGCUUAUGACUAUUACUAUUGAAGUGCUCAACUCGUACCGUCGCCCCGGCGGUGCACCGAAGAAGGUCGAUUCGGAGGUGACUUCGGAGAAGCAGACAGCCCGCUUUACCGAUGUACAUGGGUGUAACGAGGCUAAGGAAGAGCUCGAGGAGGUUGUUGAGUUUCUGAAGCAUCCCGACAAGUUCUCGGACCUCGGUGCCAAGCUGCCCAAGGGUGUCCUGCUCGUUGGCCCCCCUGGUACUGGCAAGACACUCCUCGCUCGCGCAGUUGCAGGCGAGGCUGGGGUCCCCUUCUUCUACAUGUCUGGCAGUGAGUUUGACGAAAUCUACGUCGGCGUCGGCGCCAAGCGCGUUCGCGAAUUGUUUAGCAGCGCAAAGGCAAAGUCUCCGGCCAUUGUCUUCAUUGACGAGCUGGACGCCAUCGGCGGCAAACGCAACCCCCGUGAUCAGGCCCACUCGAAACAGACACUGAAUCAGCUCCUCACCGAGUUGGACGGGUUCGACCAGGAUGCGAGAAUCAUCAUUAUUGCCGCUACCAACACGCCCAACAUGCUCGACAAGGCCCUGACGCGCCCUGGCCGUUUCGACCGUCAUGUGAGCGUUGACUUACCCGAUGUGCGUGGCCGAAUCGAGAUUCUCAAGCACCACGCCCACAAGGUCAAGCUUGCGCCCAACGUCGAUCUCGAAGCCAUAGCGGCUCGCUCCCCGGGGCGGUCGGGUGCGGAGCUCGAGAACAUGCUCAACGUGGCUGCCUUGAAAGCUAGUAGGGCCAAGGCCACCAUGAUCUCCAGGCAAGAUAUGGAGUGGGCAUUCGAUCGCGUCACCAUGGGAUCCGAAAGGAAGUCAAUGGUCAUCACCGAAAAGGAGAAGGAGAUGACUGCAUACCACGAGGCUGGACACGCACUGGUCCAGCUCUUCGACAGCGAAUCCUCCACCAAUCUUUACAAGGUCACCAUCUUGCCCAAGGGCAUGUCACUGGGCCAUACGGCCUUCCUGCCGCAGAUGGACAAAUACUCGCACACCGCUGCGGAGUACUUGUCGAGUAUUCGUGUUUCCUUGGGCGGCAAGAUGGCCGAGGAGCUUCGGUUCGGCGACGACAAGGUCACCAGUGGAGUGUCACAGGACCUUGAGAGCGCCACUGAUCUGUGCUUCAGCAUGGUGUCCAAAUACGGCAUGUCGCACGAGCUCGGUCCUGUCGAGUAUGGCAAGCGAUACGAGUAUCUCAGCACCGACACACGUGCCAAGAUUGAGAGGGAAGUCCAGAAGACGCUCAAGAAGUCGUACGAGGAUGUGCGGCAACUGUUGACAGACCGUCGCAAGGAGCUCGACCUCCUGGCGCAGGCGCUAGUCAAGUACGAGACGCUGGACAAGGACGAGGUCAUGAGGGUGAUCAGGGGCGAGUCGCUUCCAGAUCGGACGCAGAUUCCCCCUGGUCCCAUGCUCAUGCCAGUGCCCAAACAGGAUCCCCUCCCACCAGGCGUCCCGCAACCGACGCCGCCUGAACCGCAAGAGCCGCCCGCUGCAGCCGGCAAUGCGUAG